AUGGCGUCGUUUACAGCCGACGAACUAGCCGACUUUUUUAGUCGAGCCUGCCCCGACAUCUGGGCUAUGUUUAUUGCACAGCGCAAUGCCCGUCCCUCGCCCGAGCCCGCACUCGAGUCUGCGCCUCUAGUCGGACCGUCCACCCAACGUGUUUGGCGCCUCAUCGACCGUCGGACCGUGCGAAUCGAGGAUCCUCUGUCGCUGAGCACCGGACCUACAACUACUCCCCCUCGUCUCGCACCGCCGCUCCGGCAAAAAUGCCUGGCCCCGCGACGUGCGCUCAACCCCCUAAGUCUGCGGCCAAGCCCGCAGCGAAUGGGUCCCCUGCUAAACGUAGGAAAAAGCCGCCGCCACCCAUCAUAG